CGAUGCACGACAUUUUUGCUCGAAUUUAUCGAGACGUCUAACCUAGCAGUUAGAUGUACAGUAAGAUAACGGAAACAGUACGAUAUGCGAUGCUUUUUGACUCUUUCAUUUAUAUAUACAUAACAUUGUAUGCUGGUUUACCUCUAGCACACUGUCAGGACCGAAAAGAGCAGGAAGACUGGAGUUGAGUUAUAAGCGAACUCCACAGCUAGCUUUUUUGUGUGUGUGGACAGUAAAACCUGCAUGGAGUUUCAUUUGAAGACGCGUUAAACGCUUAUUAUCCGUUUAUUUAUACGGUGUUGUUUCAUACCAGGUGUGUAUGUGGUGCAUUUGCAAAAUACUGUAGAUCUGAUUCCUUACUGACAGGCCGUGUCAGAUGCGAUGCUAACUGUCUGAUAGCCUGUGCUCUGUUGCUAAUGUGAAUGGUUCUUUUUACAUGCACUAAUUCGUUUGGGGGUUCUUUAUUAAUCGUUGUGUGGUUAAAAGGGAUCGGGUUCUUAUUGUUUGACUGAAGCUAACACACGGCUGUUGCUUCACUUGUUCUGUUAUUAGAACACGAAUGCCACUUUUUGACGUGGUUAUUAGCUAAUAUUAUUAACACAGUGGAUCGCUGUAUUCAGAAGUCUAUAUACCUCACUCGAGCAUGACGGCAGAUCUGCAGAGUUGACCUUAACCGAAUAAAAAUGCAUGAUCUCUAGCGCUGUAGAAGCAGAAAGCUCAUGACUGUGUGCUGUUAGCUCUCAUCAGCUCUCAGAUAGAUAGGCCACGUCGCCUGUGUGUUGAUGUAUUUGAUCUACUGACAGUGGCGUUGCGUGAAUGUAAACAAAUAAAAACGAAAAGUCGCCAACUGUGCGGAAGGGACACGGGUAUACGUCAGAGUAGUUCUGUCAUCAAGUUGAGGACAUCUCAUCUCUUGCUAUAAGACAUUUUGAAUGGGAAAACAUCCCGGGAACAUGUGUUUCGUUUAAACAUUCCAAGAUAUAUAAUUUAGUGAAGAAUUGCACACGUAUUGAAACGUCCAACGCUCACAAAAAGACUGAUCGUAAUUUGUGCUAGUUCGAUUACACGAUGAUCGGGUUCAGCGCGAAUCGACGCGGAGGUCGCCUCCCGUCUUUCAUCCUGAUCGCGUUAUUGGUGAUCAUCGUCAUUCUGGCGUUUAACUACUGGAGCGUGUCCACAAAGCACGGGCGGUUGCUGGACGAGCUGGCCGAAGUGCAGACGCAAGUGAAGCGCACGGACGCGGCGCGCUCCCGCCUGGAGAAGAGAAACUCCGAGCUGAUGAUGCAGGUGGACACGCACAGGAAACAGAUCGAUCAGAAGGACGGAGACUACAGCGUGCUGGAGAGCAAACUGCAGGCCAGGGAUGGGAUGGUGAAAUCCUGCACCGACGAAAAAAAUAAGCUGCAAAAUGAUGUCAGCGCCCAGAUGUCUGAGAUUCACAGGUUGAAGGAGCAGGUGAAGGAGUUACGACAGGAGUUCAUCCGACAGGAAGACCAGCUGAGGGAGGUGCGGAGGAACGGCACUAACCUGGAGAAGAAACUUGAGUAUGAGAGUUUGCAGUGUGGUCGACAGAUAGCCGAGCUGAAGGCAGAGUAUGAAGAGAGCAAGAAGAGAGUUGAGGAGGAGGCAUCAAUACUCAGACAGAGUUUAUCAGAGAAACGUAUUGUAGGUGCAGGGGGUCAACAGGUGGAGGUGGAUCUUGAGAAAUCAAACAAAAGAAAAGAAAGGGAGGACACUGCAGUGCGCCAGAUAGUGGCUACGCAACAACAUGACAGCCAAGGUCUUAAAGAUGAGAUGGGUAAACCUGGGAGUGAUGCUGGGAUGCCUGCCAUUGAGGAUAGUGAAGUAGGCAAGAUUGAAGAUGCACAGUUUGCGCUAAAGAAGCCAGCUAUCACGCAGAAACACAUGGAGCCUGCAGAGGCUGCUGCAUUACUAAAGGAGGAGAGGGCAGGGCUCGGAGCAGGUGCUGGUGCUAGACCAGGGGAUGAUUUGGCCCGUGGGCAACCGCUAGAGAGGCCAGACAUGCCCCACGAUGACAGCCUGCAUGUGGGGAACCACGAGGUACCUGUUCAGCAGCAGGUUCCAAAGCCAGUGGCUGAGAAACCCAUGCUGUUUGAUGAGGACAAUAAGGUGGCCAUAAAUGCAGAUGAGUUUGGGGAGCAGCGCAGACAGCUGGAAGCUCCUGAGGGUUUAAAGGCAGAGGGAGUUGGGCUUCCUGCUCCUCCUAACCCUGCUCAGGUUCUGCCCAAACCCAUUGAUCCUCACAAUGGCAGAGAUCCUGUGCUCGCUGAACCCCUGCGCCACCGUCAGAGCCGUUUCUUUGAUGAAAAUGAGUCCCCUGUAGAUCCGCAACAUGGCAAUAAGCUGGCGGACUACAAUGGGGACGAUGGCAACGUGGGUGAGUAUGAGGCAGACAAGCAGGCCGAGCUGGCCUACAAUGAGGAAGAGGAUGGUGAUGGUGGGGAGGAAGACGCCCAAGAUGAUGAAGACCGGGAGGCUCCAGGUGAAAGGGCAGUGGAUUAUGGAAAACGACAUCAAGCCAUUGACAUUCUGUAAUCCCAUCUCUCAAAAUCCCUUAAAUAGAAUUUUGGAUGUUCUUGAAAAUGAAGUAACCAAGCAAGAAAAAGAACUUAAUUUCUUGCCCUUGGAUUUCAGCUGUGAUUUUGGUGUAAUGUACGAUUGGAGACAUUCAGACGAUUCAAACUAUUUCAGAGUCUUCGGAGGGGAAUGAGUUUCAUUGAGCAGUUAUGGCUGUGAAAUCAGUGACUGCUGAUGAGAACUGCAAAAAGGGAUCUUCGUGAUCGAUAAACAUUUGCUUGCACAUGUCCUGAUUUGAGAGAAUUGUUUUCAUUACUUUUUUUGAUCUGUAGCAAAUGUCUAACAGAAUUGGCUUUUAGAAAUGAGAAAAAUAUUAUAAUGUACAAAUGUGUUGGGUUUGGGGAUAGACAGACAAUAUCUGUUUAAUUCACAAAGUGGAACAUAUUGAUAUUAUUGGCGAAAAGGACCUCUACAGUACCAGUUGUUUUUUCCCCCUCAGAGAACUGCUGAAAAGCAUAAUGUCCCUAUAUCUUUUGGACAGUUGUUGCUGAAUCAAAGUGUAGACUAUGGGAAGAUGCAAUUGAGCUGCUGUUUACCUUUUAUUUUCUAACCACCCUCUGGUGCAAAACUGCAGCGGUUGUCCAGAGAUUAGUCAAGACUUCUCAUGGUUGCGUGAAACAUUUUUUACUGCCCACUGUUUCUGAAAGAGCACUCAGUAGUGCACACUGAGUCUUUUAAAGACAUUGUUGCAUGCAAAAGGAAGCCUUUGUAAAUCAGCCUGUAGAUCAUCAAGAAAACAAAAAAAGCAAUACUUGGUGCCACAGACUAAACUCAUCAUGGCUGUCGACCUGCAUCCUUUCUUACAGUUAGAUGUAGAUGUACAGUAAAUAACCGAAGAGUCUGAGUGACAUGGGAUGCUGUAGAAUUCCUAAACACUCAAAUGGAAAUAAUGAUCAUCGACUUAACUGUUUGUGUUUUCUUCAUAAUACUGAAUGUACUCUUACAGUUUGUAAUUGUUUUGAGAUCUGUCACAUGGGUGUUUGGGUUCUCCAACUUUUACAGAGCUGUGCAGUGAAAUCCAAGGAUAACGUUUAACAAAAUGCUCUAUAUUUCCAAUAAACUGGUCCUGUUUUGGAAAGUACAAUUCCUAUCACUGUGAUUGAACUAUAGAAAGUAGCAUUAAGAAGAGCACACAAUUUUCCCAGACUGCUUUAAAAACAUAACUGAUUACAUGAAGCUAACAAUAAAUAAAUAAAGACUUUUUUUUUUCCUGUA